GUUUACAAACAAUCACGCAGAAAUAAAUCAAUUGUGGUUCCAGUUUGCGGAGUUUUCGUACAUUUUCUACCUCAAAUGUGAGUUUCUAUAUAUUUUCAAUGGGUAUGUGCAUAUUAAAUCGCCUGUAAGGCGCUGUUUUAAUCGUGAAUUGCGGCAUAAUUGAUAGAUCGGCCGAAUUCAAUUACAGAAGCCCGUUUCUCUCGGUUUCUCUGUUCGGAUACACUUCCCGGACACUUCCUCGGAUACACUACACCUCCCCGUAAUGUUGGGGAUUGAGGGGCUGCGGGAUGAUUGUUUCGACUACAUCCUUGGACUCUGAAGUUGAAACAAUGCUACGCUAGCUCCUCCGCUAGCACCUGGCGGCGAUGGAGGGUGACGUGGAUGCCUUCCUGGAGGAAGUGCGCUCGUCGGAGAAGCUGUUACAGGAGCUGCAGGAGCGGCUGCGGGCUGUCGGUGCUGAGAACGAACGCCAACAGGCGGCCGCCGCCACUCUGAGAAAGGAGCACCUGGGUCUCGGCGAGGAGCACGAGCGCGCCGAGCAGGAGCUGGCGGCUGUGAGCUCCAGCGCGCAGCUGCAGGACGUGCGACUGAAGAAGGUGCUGGAGUACCGGGAGCGCGUGAGACGCGACCUGCAGGAGGCGGAGACGGAGCUGGCGACGGUGAGGACCCAGGUGCAGUCAGAGGUGGAUCAACUGUGCACGAGCGCCGGUCAGCACCUGAACAGAUUCGGCUUGAAUGGGGUUUAUCGCACCGAAGCUAAACAAGAGAAGCUGAGCGAAUUAUCUAAAACAAAGGCGCUCACAGAGCAGCUUUCUUGCUCUAUAAAAGAGUUACAGAAGCACGAGGUAAUACUGCAGCAGGAGCUGCGGAAGCUGGCGGACACUGAGAGCGAGAUCGAAGCCCGGCGUCGGAGCCUGCAGCAGCCGCUGGAGGUGCGUGUGCGCGUGCAGCAGCUGCAGCAGACGCUCUGCCGGCUGGUGCAGGAGCAGCGGGACGGCCGGCACGUGCAGCAGCUCCUCACCGACAUCGGAGACGCCGAGGACGAGACGACGUGCCUGCGCUCGGCGGCGACGGCCAUGUCGACCGAGCUGCAGCGGCUCGAGCAGCUGCUCUGGUUCAACAACAUGGAGAAGAUGAAGCAGCGGAUGCGCGCGACGGCCCGGUGUGCCGGCCAGUACCACUGCGCCACCUCUGGGGCAUUCAGGGAGGAGACCGGCCCCGGCCGAGUGCCAACACCGGCACCUGUGGUGAACACCGCACCGCCGAGAUCGACGUGGCGGGAGAAAACACACACGACGGCGGCGAUGAAUGAACCUAGGCCUCGUCAGACUCCCAUAGUAACUGACAGUGAUGCCGGUGUGGAAGCUUCCUGUGCUGAUGACGGGUACGAGGAGCUGGACCUGCCGCAGGACUGGUCGGCCUCAGACGUGGAUCAGUCUGAUGACCCGAUGGCUGAUAGCGCUGCUGCGAGGCCCAGUGUAACGUCUCCUGCGCCUUCCGCAGCCGCUACGACAGCCUCAGCAGGCAGCGGUGGCGGCGGUGGUCCGUCCCGUGCGCAGCUGGCUCAGCGUCGCUGGGGCGCGCGCCGCGCUCUGAUGAUGACCCGCCGGCAGCCGACAGCCGCUCCAGCCGCCCCUCCACCGCCUCCACCACCUCCCUCUGCGCCUCCCCUGGCCUCAGUGCGGCCGCAGCAGCGUCCCCCGCCGUCCAGCCCGCUGGCCGAGCCGGCGCCGUGCGCGAGUCGGCGCCAGUGGGGCCGCGCCGCCGCGCCGGGCCGCCUCAGUUACCGCGGGCCACAGCCGCUCAAACGCAGCACCACCGACUUCCGCACGGGCCUGCAGAAGCUGAGAGAGGAGAUGGCCGCUGCCGGGGGCGCGCAGCCAGCGGCCGAGACACAGAAGAGGGUCCGCUUUGCCACUGAGGAGGAUUUUGAUGAUGAGGAUUUCCUGUGAUGUGAUAUUCUGUGGCCGAAAACUGUUCGUUAUGUGGCGCGGUUUGUUUUAUUUCAUGUGAGGAAGGCCUGUUAUCAGUCACGGUGGCUUGAAGCUGUUUUGCUUCAUAUGAUGCUUGCCUUGGAUCGGGUGACGUGUGUUUGCGCCCUAGUGUUUCUUCUUGGAAUACUUAUUUCAAGUGUUACCGGAUUUUUGAGUAGCAAUGCCUCUAAAAUGUAGAAGCUUUCCAUGAAUUCGUUGUGUGGCUAUUGGUUAUACACGAUGUUGAAGUUUA